GGCAAAAAAAGGGUGACUUCAAGAGCUUGAGGGGGCAACACCACAACACAACCCUUACAGCCUGACACACACACACACACACACACACAUCCAACACAAACACACACUGAACCUCGGCAUGCUGUCGAACGAGAGCUGUGAGAACAGCACCCAUAUCCACACGGACGGGAACCCGGUGGUGAGCACAGUGAUGUUCAUCCUGGGGGUGAUGGGGAACUUCAUCGCCCUGGCCAUCCUGGGGGUCCACCAGAAGGAGCGACGCACCAAGUCCUCUGUCUUCUGCAUCCUGGUGACGGGACUGGCCCUGACUGACCUGCUGGGAACCUGCUUCCUCAGCCCCCUGGUGUUUGUGUGCUAUGCCCGCCAGCGAUCCCUGCUGGGGCUCACUGGGGACCAGGGACUCUGUGGCCUCUUUGCCUUUGCCAUGACCUUCUUUGGCCUGGCCUCCAUGCUCAUCCUCUGUGCCAUGGCCGUGGAGCGCUGCCUGGCCAUCAGCCACCCUUAUUUUUACUCCAAGUGCGUCCGACGCAGCUUCGCCAAGGUGGCCCUCCUACUUAUCUACAUCUUCACCUGCGCCUUCUGUGUUUUGCCAUUCUUCGGCUUUGGCCGCCACAAGCAGUACUGCCCGGGCACGUGGUGCUUCAUCAAGAUGGAGGCGGCAGGCGAGGGGGUGGACGAAGAGAGGAAGGUUCUGGCGUUCUCUCUGUCCUACGCCUCGCUCAUGGCGCUGCUGAUCGUGGCGGUGUUUGUGUGCAACGGCUCUGUGAUUGUCAGCCUGUGCCGGAUGCACCGCAGCCAGAUGACACGGCGUGGUUCGGUGGUGAAUGGAGGGAGGAAGAGGAAGAUGAGUCUGGGCUGGUUCGGACAGGGGGAGGAGGAGAUGGACCACCUGAUGCUGCUGGCCUCCAUGACGGUCAUCUUCGUUGUCUGCUCCUUGCCGCUCACUAUUGCCGGUUUUGCCAAUGCCAUCGAGCCGGUGGGUGACGACCAGGAGAACCUGCUGGCAUUCCGUUUCCAGGCCCUCAACCCCAUUGUGGACCCCUGGGUCUUCAUCAUCUUCCGCAAGUCCGUGUUCCGCCACCUCCGCUCGCUGCUGCGCUGCCGCUUCACGGGGGGAGCAGUGAAGAACACGGCCCACUGCACCUUCUCCUUAACCCCUGACGACCACAGGGAGUCUCCCAAACCCUUGCCCUCUGUUUCCUUGCAGCCCAAGCUAUACUCCAGCCUCUUAUGUGGGGGUGGGACUCGGGGCAGGAAAGAGAAUGGGAUUUAGGGAUGGAUGGAUGUGGGAGAGCAGACAUUUGGGGGAAGGGGUUCGGGAUUUAGGGUUUGGAGAAUGAACUUUUUUGAUUAUUAGUACCUUAUCCACUGUUGACUAGGAUACAUAUAGUAUACCCGAUGCAUGAGUAUACCCGAUGCAUGAGCUACAUGUUUCAUACAUGUGAGUGCCAUAUAAAAAGACUGCAAAGUGAGCGAUUAUGCCUCCAAACACACUGAAAACAAAAAAAACUCCAAGCAACUGAAAUGGAUGUAUGCAGGAGACCACUAAGGGAUUCAUUAUGGACAACCAGCCCUGGAACGGCAAAGGACUCUGUCGACAUACAGUGCCUUCAGAAAGUAUUCAUACUUUAUUUUUUACCUUUAAGCAAUUCAGUUAAUAACAAAUUCUUAUUUUCAGUAAUGGCCUAGGAACAGU